AUGGUCACUCGAGGAUACUUCGCAGAGGAGGAGCCUACCUUCCGUAGAUGCGGUCCGCGCGGUCAAAGCUAUCCACUGGCUCAAGAACGCUCCGAUCACUCAUACCCACCUCGAACGUAUAGCGAUGGACGAAGCAACGAUCGUGGACCAGAAAACACCGAACCGGGACAUCAUCAAAUGAGGCGCAGAAUUCAGGUAGCAUGUCAAAGAUGCCGAAAGCGCAAGAUUCGGUGCAGCGGCGAAGACAAUGGCAGGCCAUGUUACCACUGCAAACAGUCCUCUUCAGAACCAUGCGAGUUCUUGAGAGUGACGGCUAUGCGACUAGAACAAGCAAAGGAUCUUCCGGCUGAUUGCUUUGAUGAUAGUUUGCGCCCAAUGUACCGAAUGCCUUCAAACGCCUCGUACAACAACAAUUACUAUCAGACGUUACAGACCCUCAACUUGGGUCCCGAUAGUAUUAAUCUUCUUCGCCCAAGUUAUUCUAAUUAUGGCUUCCAAGGACCAAAAUUUCUCAAUUCGUCCUACGAUAACUUCACCGAAGAACCUGCCGAAUUCAAUUUGUCAAGUUCAACCCCGUAUCAAGUGGCAGCACAAGAUUCCGUUUCUGUGUCUAAUUAUCCAGUACAGAGCAAUGGGCGCACACGCGUAAACCCUCCGGCGCCAAUGUAUAUGGACUCAGAAGCUACAGCGAAUUAUAAUUCUGCAUAUCAAAGUUAUAAUGCGCGCUCAAUGGUUGACUCGGAAUCAAAGAAUUUUGUGUCCCAAACAACACAUGCAUCCCAUCUUAUGGAACUGCAAGUGCAGCCACCACAUCUUCGCAAGCUGCCCUCAAUGUUGCCACCACCACCGAGAGGCAACUUCCAUACCCGAACAGACAAUACGGGUCCACAAAUGACGAACUCGCUCCAGCCGUAUGGAUUUCAUGAGCUCAAACGUGAACAGCUCUGCAAAAAUCAACUCUCGAUUCAAAUGCCCCUGACAAAUCCGUAUAUGAGUGUUUCCACAAGCAACCCUCACGAAAUCACUACAGCCGCUGCUACUGCUGCUUACCAAUCAGGACAACAAUCUUCGUUAUCACAGCAAGAUUCGGAAAUUUAUGAUGCAUCAACUAUUAAUGGCAAUCUGUAUUACACUCAGACCAAUGAGUCCACCACGGAUAUAAGCCACUAUGGAACAAGCAGUGGAAGCGAGCCCAGCAAAAGUCGUCAAAAUAGUCAGACCAACACCACUGAUAAUACAUGGCCGACUAAUAACCGAAAGUCUAGCGGCAGCGGAAGUAGUCUAUUAGCAAAUGGACAAACGUAUGUUCCUCACACAUGCAGUCAUUAUCCAACCCCAAACCUACCCACUCAGAUGCAGAAUCAUGGGCUCUUGCAACUUCCUUCACAAAUGCCCCCAGUCUCACAUGAUGGCCUUCCAGCGCCCUCGAGAGAAUAUGUCUCAAGUCUUUCGUCGAGAUAA